AUGGCCCCCUACAAUGUCAUCAUUUUCGAUCUGGGAGAUGUCCUGUUUACAUGGUCUCAGCACACCGACACGAAGGUCUCCCCCAAGGUCAUGCGAAAGAUUAUCACGAUGCCAGCUUGGUUUGAAUACGAAAAGGGCCUGCUCACACGGGAUGCAUGUUAUGGCCAAGUAGGCAACGAGUUGGGCCUCCCAGCCUCGGAAAUCGCCAAUGCUUUCGAGCAAGCCCGGGACUCACUGCGCGAAGAUCGAAAAAUGACUGCAUUCAUUAGCCAGCUAAAAGCCAGAAAACCGAAUUUACUGGUCUAUGCCAUGUCAAACAUCUCUAGAGAAGAUUACGACUUUUUGCGCACGGUCGAGGCUGACUGGUCCGUGUUCGAUCGUGUGUUUCCCUCGGGCUACGCAGGCAUGCGUAAGCCAGAUGUUGAAUUCUUCAAGCAUGUUCUGAGUGAAAUCUCGGCCAAGGCGGAGGAGACCCGGCACAGGCUCGAGACCAGAUACGGAGGCUUCUGGGCGUGA